AUGGCCACGUUCCUCUUUCGCCCCCCUUUUCACGGCCGCCUCCGCCCCCUCCGCCGCCUCCUCCUCCCCCAGCCCGAACCCCUCUUCCUCCCCAGCAGAACCCUCCGCCUCCGCUCCCCCAGGCUCACCAUGGCCUCCUCGCCUCCUCCCCCUUCGUCCCCAUCCACCUCGACGCUCCCGCCGCCGCCCGAGUGGCCCUGCGCCCGCUGCACGCUCCGCAACCCGCGGAGCGCCGCCGCCUGCGCCGCGUGCGACGCCGCGCGUCCCGUGGACGUCGACGACGCGUCGCUGGGCCAGUCCGCCGUCGUCGCCUCUUCGUCGUCUCGCCCGCUCCCGCCGGCCCAGUGGUCCUGCGCCCGCUGCACGCUCCUCAACCCCGGGAGCUCCGCCGCCUGCGCCGUCUGCCGCGCCGCGCGUCCCGUGGCCGUUGACGACGGCGACGACCUGGACUUCUCCGCCGUCGCCGGCGCCUCGUUCCUCCCGCUUCGUCGGGACCCGAGGAACAUAGGUCGCUCUGAUGCCGCGAUGAAGUUAGCUCGCGCGGCGUCGCCGGACGCUGUCUGCGAGCGCGCCGGCUCAAACGAAAGGGAUAAGACUGCCGCCGAAAAAGGGUGCUCUAGGAAGAGAGGCCACACAGCAACGUCAGACAUCGUACACGAGGGCGACGGCUCGAACAAAAUUGAUGAGACGGCCACUGAAAAAGGGUGCUCGAGGAAGAUAGGCCGCGUGACGUCGCCAGCCAUUGUCCACGAGGGUGGUGGCUCGAAUGAAAGGGAUGAGCCAACUGCCAAAAAAGUAAAUUCUGAAACUCAUUUGGAUAAGAAGACCAUCAAAGUCAUGACAUACAACGUAUGGUUUCGGGAGGAUUUGGAACUGACGAAAAGGAUGUAUGCUCUUGGAAAUCUUAUUCAGCACCACAACCCAGAUCUUAUAUGCUUCCAGGAGGUUACACCAAACAUAUAUAUGCUUCUCCAAAAAUCUGGCUGGUGGCAAGAAUACAAAUGCUCUCUGUCAGCUAGGAUGGCCAUGCAGAGGCAAUAUUACUGCAUGCAGAUGAGCAAGUUGCCCGUGAGUUCAUUCGAAUGCAUGCCAUUUUCCAACUCAGUCAUGGAAAGGGAGCUGUGCAUGGCAGACAUCAACAUUGGAGGUGCGACCAAGUUGGUGUUGGCCACAAGCCACCUGGAGAGCCCCUGCGCGUGGAAUCAGAUGUACAGCAAGGAACGAGUAACUCAGGCGAAUGCAUCCAUGAGGAUAUUGGACAAGUUCCGCAACGUGAUAUUCUGCGGAGACAUGAACUGGGACGACAAAGGCGACGGGCCAUUCCCUCUCUCAGACGGCUGGGUCGAUGCCUGGGCUGAGCUGAAGCCAGGCGAGGACGGCUGGACGUACGACACGCGGGCUAACGGUAUGCUGGCAGGCAACCGCAAGCUGCAGAAGAGGCUGGACCGGUUUGUGUGCAAGCUGCCGGAUUUCGAGAUCAACACCAUUGAGAUGAUCGGGAAGGAGGCGAUACCUGGGAUAUCACACUACAAGGAGAAGACUGUCCGCAAGGUAGUCCAGAACAUUGAGUAUCCUGUGUUGCCUAGUGACCACUUCGGGCUUGUUCUGAGCAUCACCUACGCAUCAUAG